AUGAAAUUAUUCGCUACGGUAGCCACGCUAGCUCUUGGACUAGAGAUCGAGCAAGGAGGCUCUUGGGGCACAACCGAAUGCGUCAAUGCCAACGAGUUUAAAAUUGCAAAGCUCGGAAAUAUGACUAAUAUUGUCACUCUGGACCAGUUCAACGCUGAAGAGCCAAGCAAAGGCUACAAAUUGGAAGGAAAUACGGUUGAAAUUCUCGCUGACAAAAAAGACCGCGAACUGAUGGGAAAGCUUAUUUGCAGCCGAGAUGGAACUGAAAUCAGUACCGUCGAUGUUACAGGCACCGUCCAAUUCAAAAAUCUUCCCAACGCGCUGACGAACUUGGACGGCGAUGUCAACAAGCGAAUUGAAUGCGAAGCAAUUGGGUACCCUCUGCCGUCUCUCAAGUGGCGCUUCCAGGCGAUUGACGAAGAGGCCGUGGAAGGACUCUGCGCCGAUGAUAAAUGCAAAGUCUGUAGUAAUAACUGUCAUCCCGAAGAAACCUGCAAAGAGCUCCAUAAAGACGACGCGUCUGCUUUAGAAACAUGUGUCAGUCAGUUUUACCAAGCUAACUCGACCGAAAUCUUCUCGAUGGAUAUUGCAGACUUGAACAUUCGAUACGCCGCUAGUGGAAACUCGUGCCCUAUGAAUGGAGAACUCUCGCAAGAAGAACAGAAGACCUGCAAGACUGUUAGCUCCACUGAAAAUGUUGACGCUCUUGAUGAAAAGUUCCGACAGAAAUCGCAGCUCCUCUUUUCUUCCGUUAACUAUCCCCAAGGCGGAAAAUAUAUUUGCGUCGCUACACAAAACGAUGUUGUCCGAUCGAAAUCUUUUGUCUGGAGAGUAAAGGACCCCAUGGCUGCUCUUUGGCCCUUCCUUGGUCUCGUCAUUGAGGUGAUGGUUGUCGUUGCCGCAAUCCUUUACUACGAAAAGAAAUCCGCUAAGGGAGGCGAAGAAGAAGAGGCAAAUGACGAAGAAGCUGCAGAGCUCACCAAAUAG